UGUUAAGUUGGUAGCACUGGUUCGCUUUUUCAAAUUGAAAAUUUUGAAGUUUCAAUUUUUGCGCAGAUAUAGCGAAUUGCCAUUUGGUACUGUAAUUUUUGUGAAAUAGAAAUGGAAGAGCAGCACGAAAUCAUAACUUGCACGCCACCUGAAUUGCGGGAAAUAGCAAACAGUACCGUAGAUAAUUUGCUUCCGCAGAAAUCGAAACUAAAAUAUGAAAAGGAAUCCCUUAAAUUUGACCAGUGGUGUAAAGAAAAUAAAGCCCAACACAUUUCGGAGAAUGUUUUAUUAGCAUAUUUUGAAUUACAAACUCAUUUGAAAAAGCCAUCGUCAUUAUGGUCAAUGUACUCGAUGCUACGAUCCUACCUAAAUGUGCAUAAAAAUGUAGAUAUAUCAAGAUACGUCAAGUUACAAGCACUGCUAAAAAGAUUUUCGCAAGGCUAUGAGCCAAAAAAAUCAAAAAUUUUAGAUUUAGAGCAAAUUAAUCGAUUUAUUCAGGAGGCUGACGACAAGCAUUAUUUAGAUACAAAAGUUAUUUUAAUAAUGGGCUACAGUGGGGCAUGCAGACGCGAGGAGCUGACUAAUAUGGCACUGGGCGACAUCCAAUAUAAAAAUGAUAUUGUUGUCGGUGCCUAA